AUGUGCGUUUCACAUUCAAGCCGAUCGAUCGUGAGCGUGUGCAGCAGUUUAUCCUGGGCUCCUGAAGCUGCAGCACGUCAGCAGCUCCCCUCAGAGGAGGGGUGGAUAAAUAAAGCCAUAAAGGAUGCUUUGAGUCCGGCCGAGGUGGAGAGGGGGCUCAUUCAAAUAGACGCCCGGCUGUUGGCCGCUGCAAUGCAGAGGAGACCGGGAGCUGCCGGCAGAGGAGGGGGUGUGGCAGGACAGCGGAGCAGCGCACGUACUCCAGAAGCUCUCCUGAGGGACAGAACAACGAGAGAGCUGUGCUGGCAGAGGAGAGCAGAGGGCAGGACGUCCUGGCUGCAGCCACCGAACCGGACCACUAAGAGCGGGGGGAGGCCAGCACACAGGGUCCAUCGGGUCAGGAAGAUGCCCUCUCGCUGCAGAAAUGCGGUGAACAUUGUGGUCACGACUCUCUUUGCAGCUGUGGUCCUGUUCACAAUCCUGCUGGCCUAUGUGACAGGAUACCAGUUCAUCCACACCGAGCAGCACCACCUGUCCUUCGGCCUGUAUGGAGCCUUCCUCUCGCUGCACCUCCUCCUGCAGAGCCUCUUUGCCUUCCUGGAGCAUCGGCGCAUGAGGGCCCCGGCUCGGCCCCAGCACCUGCGCCGCACCGUGGCCCUUUGCAUCGCGGCCUUCCAGGAGGACCCCGACUACCUGAGGAAGUGCCUGCGCAGCGUCCGUCGGAUCUCCUACCCCGGACUCAAGGUGGUGCUGGUGGUGGAUGGAAACAGGCCCGAGGACCGCUACAUGCUGGACAUCUUUCAGGAGGUGAUGGGCGGCGUGGAUCAUGCCGGGAGCAUGGUGUGGAAAGGGAACUAUCACAGUGACGGCAGCGGAGGCGCACUGACCAACAACAACACGGUGCACAUGGAGGAAGCUGCGAGGGUUUCCCGUCUGGUCAGGGGCUGCCGCUUCUCCUGUGUCAUGCAGGAAUGGGGCGGGAAGAGGGAAGUCAUGUACACUGCAUUCAAGGCCUUAGGAGACACCGUGGACUAUCUGCAGGUCUGUGACUCGGACACCGUGCUGGACCCUGCUUGCACUUUAGAAAUGCUGAAAAUAAUGGAAGAAGACCCCAUGGUGGGAGGGGUUGGGGGAGACGUACAGAUAUUGAACAAGUAUGACUCGUGGAUUUCUUUUCUGAGCAGUGUGCGUUACUGGAUGGCCUUCAACAUUGAGCGUGCGUGUCAGUCAUACUUUGGCUGUGUGCAGUGCAUCAGUGGUCCUCUGGGGAUGUAUCGAAACUGCUUACUACAGCGCUUUCUGGAGCCCUGGUACCACCAAACCUUUUUGGGCUCAAAGUGCAGUUUCGGAGACGACCGCCAUCUCACCAACCGCGUUCUAAGCUUUGGCUUCAAAACAAAAUACACGGCUCGUUCACAAUGUCAGACUGAAACUCCAACACAGUACUUGCGUUGGCUCAACCAGCAAACCAGAUGGAGCAAGUCAUACUUUCGUGAGUGGCUCUACAAUGCUCUCUGGUUCCAUAAGCACAGCCUUUGGAUGACCUACGAGUCUGUAGUGACUGGAUUCUUCCCUUUCUUUUUGGUGGCUACAGUGAUCCACCUGUUUUACAGAGGGAGACUGUGGAAUAUCCUGCUCUUCCUGUUGACAGUGCAGCUGGUGGGCAUGGUCAAAGCCACCUAUGCGUGUUUUCUGAGAGGCAGCCUGGUCAUGAUCUUCAUGUCACUCUACUCCCUGCUCUAUAUGUCCAGUCUGUUACCAUCUAAGAUCUUUGCCUUGCUCACCAUUAACAAGGCCGGAUGGGGCACUUCAGGGCGAAGGAAGAUAGUUGUGAACCUGAUUGGGGCUGUGCCCGUCACUGUGUGGGCUCUGGUGCUGUUGGGAGGUGUUGUCUACACUAUUUACUGUGAAACCCAGGAGGCUUUUAGUGAAACAGAAAAAGCCUUAUUAAUAUCAGGGACAAUAUUAUAUGGCUGCUACUGGAUAAUUCUACUGGUCCUUUAUUUGGCCAUUGUAGCCAAGAGGUGUAACAAGAGAGAGGAGCAGUAUGAGCUGCCGUACACUGUGGGAUAA